AUGUGUGCAUAUCCUUUUUCUUCUAGAUUCUUCCUUUUAUCAUUGCUCCAAUUCGGGUCCAUCUUUUAUCUUUCUUUUUCUUUCUGUAUUGCUAGUCUUCUUAUUAUUUUAUAUUCGUUUCCCUCUCUUUUCUUGAAAUUUAUUCGCUUAUCCAUUUCGUUCUCUGUCUCACACUCCAAUUCCUCUCACUUUUCCUCUACUUCUUCUUCUUCCUCCUCCUCCUUCUCCUCACCCAACCACCCCUUCUUUUUCCUUAUCUCUUCCUUCUCCUCACCCAACCACCACUUCUUUUUCUUUAUCUCUUCCUUCUCCUCACCCAACUACCCCUUCUUUUUCUUUAUCUCUUCCUCCUCCUCACCCAACCACCCCUUCUUUUUCUUUAUCUCUUCCUUCUCCUCACCCAACCACCCCUUCUUUUUCCUUAUCUCUUCCUUCAUCACUAAAAAAUAUCAGUCGCCGAUGUGCCGAUAA